AUGCAUUGGCACAUCAGAGACUUUUGGACUCGUACUUCACUGAUCAUCAGUUCCUCAUCGCAUAAGCACCACCACAAAUCAUCCUCUUUGGUUUUGAGUGAGACUGGCUACUUGGAGCUCGAUACCACGACUACCGUCCCCUAUACGUCCACGGUUGAAACUACAGUGUACACCGAAACUCCUUCGCUUCCGCAUUUCACCUCGGUCCCGUCCACUGUUUCCAUAACACCCUCGUUUUCUGCCUCGACGACGUCCAAGUCUACCAGCCCAGGACCUUCUCCGACAGAGUCUUCUGCCACAGAAUCCUCUACGAAGGUGUUUUCUGCGACCACCUUGACGAUCAUCAAGUCGUCAGAGUCCGGAUCUACCACAUCCUCCAGUCUAGCACCCACGACUACAUCAACUUCGGUCUCCAGCACCGAGUCUUCUUUGAAAGGAGUUUCCGAGACUACGUCCACUAAGACCUCCACCGCGACCAAGCCUUUAGAGACUUCGUCCACGAAGACUUCCACCGAAACCAAGCCUUUAGAGACUUCAUCCACGAAGACUUCCACCGAAUCCAAGCCUUUAGAGACUUCGUCCACGAAGACUUCCACCGAAACCAAGUCUUUAGAGACUUCGUCCACGAAGACUUCCACCGAAACCUGCAAAACCUGCACCGCCACAACCACAACCACAAUGUCUCCCACUAUCUUCAGCACCCUCACCCUCUCCUCCACCCUCUUCGUCCUCUCCACGGCUAUCCCCGGUCCACCCCACGACAUCCCCGGCGCCAUCGCCGGCUUCUCCAACUGCGCCCAAGACGUCCUCUUCCCACUCAUCGGAAAGUCGCAGUGCAACCCUGCCGACUUCCCCUGCAUCUGCAUCGAGCUCGACCGCCUGGACGCUCUCAAGUCUGUGGCCGACGGCUGCCCCAAUGAUGCCGCCAAGUACAGCGACUUCGCCGUCUCCGCGUGCGGCAAGACCACCGCCGUCAUCACAGUGACCGGCAGUUCAAGCUCGUCUAGCUCAGAGGCAGGCGUUACAACAACCACUAUCCCCGUCGUCCUCUCCACCGGCACCCCCUCAGUCGCAACCUCCUCCGUUGGUCCCUUCAACAACGGCACCACGAUCGUUCAACCCUCGAAGACAAAGACCGAGGUCAUCGUUCAACCCUCCAAGACAAAGACCGAGGUCAUCGUGCUGCCCUCCGAGACCAGCAAGAGCAACGGUACCUCUGGCUCCGGCGGCUCGGGCUCUGGCGCUGGCUCAGGCUCAGGCGCUGGCUCAGGCUCAGGCGCUGGCUCAGGCUCAGGCGCUGGCUCAGGCAAAGUACCGGGCUCUGGAUCUGGGUCUGGCGGCGGUUCAGGCUCGGGAGCCAGCUCCCACAUCAGCCCCACUCAGCCCGAGCAACCCAAGCAACCCGAGUUCAGCGGUGCUGCGGUUUCGGAGUUUGGCAGCGCGGGGAUGGCGAGUUUCGCUGGGCUUGUGGGGGUUAUGUGGCUUGCGUUUGCCGAGUUGUAA